AUGUAUCCGAGUGAUAACCCAGGUAACCUUAUUGCAAUACAUUUCAAUAAAUUCCUGUUCAGGUCCUACUAAACCCGACGGAAGUGUCAAUUUCGAAUGCCAUUGCGUUGCUCAUUUGGUUGCCAGUCCUUGCGGCUUUGAGUUCAGGUUUUUUAUCUAUUUGAAUACCAUUUGGAGGACUGCUUGAGCAUCAAUACUAAAAGUUUACCGCUUUCCAGAUUUAAGUAUACUCGUUUUCUAGCCUGGUGACAAAAAGUUCCGUUCUUUUUUUUUCAGCCUCAAAACAAAAAGAACAAAUAGAAAAAUUUUGUUCAAAAGUAGACUUCCGUUUUUUUGAAGUUCUAUCAAAAUAUGCAAGAAAUAGCUAAAUGCAGAGAGGCUAUCAGUUGUCAAAAGUCGACGCCUGUGGAGCAACUAGAGAACGGCGCCUGUAGCGAAGAACUUCUUUCGUUCAUGGAAUGUGCUAUGCGUACUCAAUGUUUCAAAAGUAAGACCUUCUGGUUGCAAAUCUCAAACUUUCACCUUCUUUUUCCAGCCGCCAAAGACAAAGACUCUUCCUGA